AUGCCACUGCAUUCGGCCCGUGUUUGUAUUCGACGUUGUUACGUAGAGCACGCGGACGCUCCUGGUGAACACUCUACAACGACGAGGUCCAUUCCCAGAAACCAGGCAAUUCCGACGGAUACUGACCUGUACGACUUCAUUGUCAUUGGCUGCGGGGCUGCAGGGUGCCCUCUUGCAAGCUAUUUGGCCCUGCGGGGAGAAGGUCGCAAAAUCCUGGUACUGGAGAGAGGUCUUGAGAGAACGUUCGAGCAAGCACCACGAGCAAUGACGAUCUACAGCGAUGGCAUGGCCAUAGGAGAUGAGGCCAUUUCACAGCCUUUCAACACGCGGAAGGGCAUCCGCACACACGUCGCCGCUGUUAUGGGAGGCGGGACGGCAAUAGAUCUUGCAAUCUACAUUGAGGAAAAAAAGGAGUUUUUCGAUUUUUUGAACAAACGAUUCCCAGCCUACAAGUUCCAAUGGCCGGCAAUACGCAGAGCGUAUAGGUAUGUGCGACAAGUUGUGGCACGCAAAAUGCCUCAAGACACUCGAUUUGGCAACGCGUUCGGGAGAGCACUGCAAGCGCGAGGAUUCAAACCUGUCGGUGGCACUCAGCCUCCAGGAUACUCCACAUCUUCACAGGUUGGCGAGCAGUGGGGCAGCUUCAGCUUAUUUGAUGUCCCUAAUGGAGGGUAUAGACGAGCGGCAGACGUCUUUUUGAACGAAUUGCCACCGCAGGCCAAGAAAAACGUUAACGUGCGCACCAGGCAUAUGGUUGAGCGUAUAGAGUUCGGAGACGCAUCAGCCCCCAAGGCGAAGUGUGUGUUGUACCGGCCUACGUCCUACGCGGAUGUCAAGCCUCAAGGCGUAAACUUUGGGCAGACCCUACCAGCCACUCACGCAGGCUGGGGUCCGUGGAUAGGCACAUUUAUCGCUCCACAAACAGUCUUCGUCGGGGCACAAGCGCACGACUCGCCACCUCGAUUUUUUUCACAUGCGAGAUCGCUGCGGAGAGUCUGCAUAAAGGACACACCGGGCUCCGAAAUAAUCAUUAGCGCCGGAGCUAUCCACACAGCCGUUCUUCUGUACAAAUCCGGUAUCGGCCCUCGCAAGCAAGUGGAAGAGAUAGGUGCUCGUGUAAUCGUGGAAAACCCACAUGUUGGGCAGAGUUUUAGCGACCGGGUAUUCAUCCCCGUGAGUGCAUUCACGGCAAACUACGCUGACGAAAUUCUGCCUGUGUCACCGAGACCCAUCCGGCGCAUGGCACCAGUCGGAGACAACCGCAGGCGAGUAAAACGUGCAAGCGCUGGCGAAGCGUACAGCAUACACCAUCACAAUUCUACGAAUGGGACCGCCGCAGGCAACACCACCUUUCUAGGGAGCGUGCAGCGUGUAGAUGCGGGCUCAGCUACUCAGGGCACACAAGCGUUCAGGACACAACUCGGGGCAGAAUUACCUCUGUGGAAAGACAAGGCACUGAAAAACAUGCAGCACUUGGCAAGCAAGGCAAGUCGCCGUAGAGAUGUCCACUACCGGAGGACGUUUCUGCCAGCCUCCAGGUACGCCCCCUUCGCCACCUUGUCGAGAGGAAUCUCUGAAGACGCGGCAGUAUCUUUCGACGAUGCCACAACCGAAAGCUCAUCACACGGGCCAACGUCUCCAGAUGUCCCCUCGCCAGAAAUCUCAGAUGAAGGUGUUGUCUCCCCCGACGAGAGUGCCUCGGGACACGAAAAUAGUCCCCAUCGCGUUGUGCUAGCGGAUUACAGAAACUCACUCUCGCCCGAGAUUACUGGAAGAUUCGUUGAUGUACGAUAUCCUCAAGAAGGACUUCUAGCCCCUCCGCGCGUCUGCCAGGCCAUGGGCAUAAAGAAGGCGGGACCGCCGCAAGGAUGCAGCGCGGAACGCUACAGCAUCGGCAAACGGACGCUAACAUGUUCUCUUGUCGUUGCCGAGGAGACAUCAGGUGGGCGCACGCAGGAGGGCGUUGUCCUCGCUAGCAGAUUCGUAUUCCCCCCCGCCCUGAGAAACGAUCCGCUUAUAGACGUCGUUUUCGAGGUUCUUGGAGCAUGUGGAGAUUACAAACCACCUUACGGGCUGCCGGUCUUUCAGCCGUUAUGUGCAAUCGUUAUGCCAAUAAUCAAGUGUUUUCGGAAAGCCUUGGCCACCUUCCACUUCAUUGCAGAACCGAAAUCACGCGGAUCAGUUCACCUUCGGACCGACGGCGCCGUGGAGGUUGAGGGUAACUACCUGCAAGAUGAGCAAGAUCUUUUUGAUGCCGUCAGAGGUUUAUCGGGCCUUAUUGAGUCUAUGAAUAGUGACGCAUUCAGGGGAAUUCUUCAGCCAGCAGGAUCAGCGUCGUGUCCUGCGACGAUUCUCAACGGUUUGCUGGAUCUCCUUCUGACCAUUGCUAGCACUACUUCUCUUUUCUCGACGCGGAAAGGCAACUUUGCACUGAUUCAAAAUUACCUCCAGGAUUUGCUUCCACCCCAGCAUAGGCGGCUGCGACGUAUUUUACCUCUUGAGCAGAAAAUACAACCUAGAAAGCUGGUUGCAACCGCAGUGGAAGAGGAUGGGGAGCAGGGCACGUAUAUUCAGGAAGGAGAGGAAGAACCGAAUAAAUUUGUUCUGGACGACUACUCAGACUCUGUGAUUGUUGACGUGGACGAGCAUAAGUUGGAAAAGCUCGGCUACAAGAGGAAGCUUGAAAAGGUCGGCUUCGAUUUCGAUUCGUUUCGACGCCAUCUGGGAGCUAAAAAUCAAUCAAAGGAUGCGGCUGAAGAAAAACCGCUACACUGGUUUGCAACACGUCGCGUGAUUCAAAAAAUGCGCUCUUUAGUAGGGCCGGACUCUGCCGAAAAGAGGAAAAUGCAGCAUACUGAACUCGCUGACCGGCUCCCUGAAGCGAGGGCCCCCUUUACAGAACAGCAGCUCAAAGAAGCCGAGGAGGCUUGCAAAAAGCCAUGCAGUGGCGUAGGCGGUCAGAAAUCUUGCGCCGCAGCGGAUAUUUGCUGCGCUGCAUUCGGAAACUCACUGUGCAUUAGCACACCGGAGAACGAAGCGCUUGAAAAGAAACUACACGAGGAGUUGUCCCGCAUUCUCCAGCACGAGGCGCCCGAUUCCUCACAUCGUAAGGACGCGGAAGGCGGGGAAUCCCCUAGCACUAGAGAAGCAGCGAAGGUCUCCGAGCCAUGCAACAGCGGGGAUAAGACCUGCGUGCUUAGAGCUGUUCAACGCGAUGGGCUAGUGUCUACAGCUGUCGACCGUAUGUGGGGUGUAAUGGAGCGACUCCCAACCGCUGGUGCAGCUCUACUCAAAACAGUCAUUCCAGGAUCAACUACCAUAGAUCAAAGGGGUGAUGUUCUUGUAGAUCCAGACCUGGACUACCCUAAAGCAGAUCGACCUUUAGACAAAACAACACCGGGCAGCGUACAGUGGGCUGCCACGUUUCCACCACGAUUACCAGAUCCCUACAACCCACAGGAGAUGGCCAGAUACGCACUUACAUUCAUGUCCAGCGUGUGGCACCACUGCAACACGGCACCCACCGGACUCGUCGUGAACUCCGACUUCGAGGUUAUUGGAACUCAGAAACUCUCCAUCGUGGAUGCCUCUGUCUUAAACCAAAUGACGCGGUUAAACCCGUUGUCCACGCUCAUGAUGUUUGGAAUAUAUGCCGCCAGGAAGAAGCUGGAGAAACUGGGUAUAACAGAUGUCGAGUCGGCAGAUGAUCUUCCCACAGCUGAGGAACCCACCAGUCUGCACGACGAAGAAGCGAUUUGA